GUAGGAUAUAACAAGGUUGUGUUGUGACCGGCGUGGGUCAGCUCUCUCACCAUUAUUAUGCUUCAAUAAUAAAUAUAUCAGGUAGUGAAGCUACAAGGCAGCAAUGUAUAAUUUGUGCAAGAUAAUUCACCCAGCCUUGGGGGUGGAGUUGUCCUUGUACUGUAAUUUCUUCAACCAUCGAGAGAAGUCUCUCGUUGUAGCAGGAGCCAACAUCAUCAGGGUGUUCCGAUUAGUGGCUGAAGUACCACCAAAAUCAAAUAAAAAGGAUGACCGAGGAGGGAUCAUAGAUAAUUGUCCUCCAAAGGUGAAACUAGAAUGCAUGGCAACAUACAAAUUGCACGACAAUGUAGCAACAAUGGCAUCAGUGUCACUUUCCCCUCUGCGAGAUUCCUUACUUCUGGGGUUUCGGGAUGCUAAGCUGUCCCUGGUAGAGUACGAUCCAUAUAAUCACUACCUGAGAACUGUAUCACUUCAUUAUUUUGAGAAGGAGGAUAUCAGGGGAGGAUGGGUUCAAACUGUGGUUCUCCCAUUGGUUCGAGUUGAUCCGGAAGGCCGAUGUGCAGCUAUGUUAAUAUAUGGUAGAAAAAUUGUAAUUUUACCAUUUCGAAGAGACCUCACUACAGAUGAUGUUGAAUAUAGCACGUCACAUGUAAGAGGUCCAGUUCUGCAGUCGUACAUUAUUGACCCAAAGGAUUUUGAAACACCUAGUAUCGAUAACAUUAUAGACAUGCAGUUCCUCCAUGGAUAUUAUGACCCAACUUUGAUGCUGCUUUAUGAACCUAUCAAAACUUUUCCAGGGAGAGUAGCUGUACGUCACGACACUUGCGCCUUAGCAGCCAUCUCUCUCAAUAUACGGCAGCGCCUUCAUCCUGUAAUUUGGUCGUUGUCAUGUCUUCCACAUGACUGUCAAAAGCUUUUACCUGUGCCAAAGCCCAUUGGUGGUGUAUUGCUUUUUGCUGCAAAUUCUCUCACGUAUCUCACUCAGUCAGUUCCUCCCUAUGGAGUAUCACUCAAUUCUAUGGGAGAUAAGAACACAAACUUCCCAUUAAGGAAGCAAGAAGGUGUGGUGAUCUCAUUAGAUUGUGCAUAUGGAGAAUUCCUCACAGAAGAUAGGGUUGUCAUCUCUCUGAGAGGAGGGGAGUUGUAUGUCCUCACCUUAGUGGCUGAUUCCAUGCGAUCUGUUCGCAGUUUCCACUUUGACAAAGCUGCAGCAUCAGUGUUAACAUGUAGUAUGUGUAUGUGCGAAGACCAGUACCUCUUUUUGGGGUCUCGUCUAGGAAAUUCUCUCCUCCUUCGUUACACUGAGAAAGAGCUAAGUGACCCCAUGAGAUCCAAAAGCAAUGUCCCAGCUGAUCAAGAACCUCCAACAAAGCGAAAGAAGCUUGAUACAUUAGGUGAUUGGAUUGCCAGUAAUGUUGAGGACAUCAGAGACGAUGAUGCCCUAGAGGUAUAUGGGCAUGAAGAUACCUCGACUGUUCAGUUGGCUUCAUACAACUUUGAGGUGAUGGAUAGUUUAUUGAAUAUUGGUCCCUGUGGUGAUGUAGCAAUGGGAGAGCCAGCUUUUCUAAGUGAGGAAUAUGAGAACUCUGUGGAUCCUUGUGUGGAGUUAGUUACCACAUCUGGCCAUGGCAAAAAUGGAGCCUUAUCUAUCCUUCAAAGAUCUAUCAAACCACAGGUUUUAACCACAUUUGACUUGCCUGAAGUCGAAGAUAUGUGGACACUUGUUGGUAAAGCAGACGAGCGUCGGAGAAGAGAAGGUGGCAUUCAGGAUCACUCGUAUCUUAUUCUGUCAAGAUCUGACUCAUCUCUCAUUUUACGCACAGAAGAAGAGAUCAAUGAACUGGAAGAGUCGGGCUUCAACACUACCUCAAGGACUGUUUUUGCUGGCAAUGUUGGCAAUAACAGAUAUAUUAUACAGGUGACUAGUGGUGGUGUAAGGCUUUUGGAAGGUACGGUGCAGAUCCAACACGUUCCAGUUGAUGUUGGUGCUCCUCUUGUUGCUGCAACUUUAGCUGAUCCUUACCUGGCAGUCCUCGCUAAAGAUGGCACUCUAAUGAUCUUCACCUUGGUCACAACCCGCUUAUUACCACCAAAGCUUACCACUAGCAAGCCAAUAAAUACUGGAAAAUAUCCCAUGCAAACUAUAUGUGCAUAUUGCGAUGUCUCAGGCCUGUUCACAACUCGGUAUCCCCAGGACAGAGAAAAGGAUCCCAAAAUCUUCCGAACAGAUGCAGACAUUAAGAAGGAAUUAGAUGAUGAAGAUGAGAUGUUGUAUGGCAACACAGACAUCUCAGUGUUCGAUCCUCCAAAGACCUUUGACCCACAGGCUGGCCAGGAAAAGAACCAGAACAAUUGUUCUUCUAUAUACUGUAUUCAUCAGGUGCUGUUGGUUGGAAUGGGUAACAGGAACCUGCGGCCAGUGUUGAUGGCUAGAGUUGAUGAAGACUUGCUCAUGUAUGAAGUGUUUCCAUUUUAUGAAAAUUUGACUCCUACACAACUCAAAAUAAGGUUUCCUUGGGUCAGAGACUGGAAUAAGGUAUUUCAGUCAGUGGCGUGCAGAGAUCUGGUGAUGCCCAGGGCCAAUUCCUUGAUUAUAUGCCCCAAAGACUCAAGUAUAAGGCCCAGUACUGAGAAAUAUUAUGAGAAUGGGAGAUAUUUUGAAUAUGACUCUCUACGGAUCUGCUUGCUACCCACAAUCCUGUCCUAUGAUGCUCCUUGGCCAGUGCGCAAGGUUCCACUAAGAUGUACUCCUCAUUUUAUUGUUCAUCAUUUGGAAACAAAAACCUACUGUGUUGUCACUUCAAGUUCGGAACCCACCCUCAAGAUCUGGAAGUUUAAUGGGGAUGAUAAGGAGGAAGUUAUUGAGGAGAGAGAUGAGAGAUUCAUCCAAGUGCAGGCACCUAUAUUCUCAAUCCAGCUCUUCUCUCCUGUCAACUGGCAGAUGAUCCCCAACACAGACUACUACUUAGAACCUUGGGAGCAUGUCACUUGCUUCAAGAAUGUUAUCCUAGCCUAUGAGGGAGACAGAUCUGGUCUUAGGGGCUACCUUGCCCUUGGCACAACCUAUUGCUUUGGUGAAGAUAUUACUUGCCGAGGACGCAUCCUGAUUUUCGACGUUAUUGAUGUUGUGCCCGAGCCAGGACAGCCACUCACCAAAAAUCGUUUAAAAAUGCUAUACGAAGGCGAGCAGAAGGGACCAAUCACGGCUUUAGCUCAUUGCCGUGGCCUCCUUGUGUCAGCCAUUGGACAAAAGGUGUAUAUCUGGCAGUUGAAGAACACAGAUUUGGUGGGCAUAGCAUUUAUAGAUACUCAGAUCUACGUGCACCAGUUGACCUGCAUUAAGAGUCUUAUUCUUGCUGCCGACAUCUGCAAGUCUAUUCUUCUGUUACGUUUCCAAGAAGAGAACAGAACACUCUCUCUUGUCUCCAGGGACUUAAAGCCUCUCCAGGUCUAUGGUAUUCAGUAUCUUGUGGACAACACUUCUUUGGCUUUCAUAGCUAGUGAUGCCGACAGAAAUUUAGUGGUGUUUACGUAUAAUCCAGAGUCUCAUGAGAGUGCAGGUGGGACGCGCCUCAUACGGAAAGGAGACUUUCAUUUGGGUUCUCAUGUAAAUUGUUUCUUUAGAAUCCGCUGCAGAAUAGGAGAUGUAUCCAGUGAUCGUCGAGUAGGUCAGAACAUGGAAAAGCGGCAUAUUACUAUGAUGGCUACAUUGGAUGGUUCUAUUGGAUAUGUUUUGCCAGUUAGUGAGAGGACAUAUCGACGAUUUUCUAUGGUAUAUAACCUGCUGGUCCAACACCUCCCACAUAUUGCUGGUUUAAAUCCAAAAGCUAGCCGCACAUUCCAGAGUCGUUACAAGCUCAACUCCAAUCCAGCCCGUUCUGUUCUGGAUGCUGAACUCAUUUGGUCUUUUCUUCACCUCCCUUCUCCAGAAAAAGUUGAGAUUGCAACAAAGAUAGGUGCAAAAGUUGAUGAUAUAAUUGAAGAUUUAAUGGAGAUUGAUCGGAUGACUGCUCACUUUUAAUUUAUUCCUUUAUCAUGUAAAAAUGGAGUUUAUGAUAGUUUAUAUUUUGAAAGUAUGUAUAUGAAAACUGAGGCUUAGUUAUCUCAAUACUAAUUGUAAUAU